GUAUAUAAAUAAAGGUCCUCCUGCCUUCUAAUUCAUUCUGUUUAUAUGUACAAACACAUUGUAUUGGCAAUCGAAUUAUAGAACUGUUUUAGUUAUUUAUCUAGCGUUUUAUCAGCCUUGAUGCCAAUGGAAAUGCCACCGAACAAAUGGAACUCCGAACAGGUCAGGGAAGGCGUCGACUUCAAUGGAAUCAAUCACUUCAAGAUGGAAUCCCUCCAUUUCGACACACUUGACGACUUCACAAGUGAACAAUAUCUACUAACUUUGCCGGAAAGUAAUUUCGGGAAGUCUUUAUCUUCUGAGAGUUACAAUGCUACUUUCUUUCCGACGGAUCAUCUGCAGGACCCUAGGGACUUCCGUAAUGACAACAUGGCUGAUGAGAGUAAUAUAUCGGAUAGCUUUGAGCGGCCAGCUAAGCAAUUGAAGACAAGUACAUGGAACCCUAGCCCCGGCAAACAGGCAAACGUUAUUCCUUCUUCCUCAUCCUCCCAAAUCAUCUCAUUUAGUAAUGUUUCUUCACAAACCUUGGACCAUCAAGGGUCUUGUGGAUAUUCGAGAGAUGAUAAGGUUCUACUGCCAUACGAAGAUUUGAUGGAUUCGAAUGCCUCUUAUGAUAACGAUAACUACACAGUAAUAGCUGGAAAGCCGAUUAGGAGGCCCAAUGCUGUACCGGUGAAAGCUCCUUCGCAUGUUCAAGAUCACGUCAUUGCAGAGAGAAAGAGGAGAGAGCGUCUCACGGAGCGUUUUAUAGCUCUUUCUGCUAUUGUUCCUGGCCUAAAGAAGUUGGACAAAGCAUCAGUACUCGGAGAUGCUGUCAAGUAUUUGAAACAGCUUCAACAGCGAGUUGAAUUACUUGAAGAACAAAUCAAGAAAAAGAAAAAGUUUGAGGAAUCCCCGAUUGUUUCUCAGAAUGAUAGUUCUAAGCUUCCUGCGGCGUCUGAGGGUUAUUCUUCUUCGUGUGAUGAUAACUCCGGGGGCUACCCAAAUAAAACAACAGCAGAAAUAGAGGCAAGGAUUUUGGAGAAAAAUGUUCUUAUCAAAAUCCACUGUAAGAAGCAAAAAGGUUUCGUAUCUAAGAUGUUAAGUGUGAUAGAGCAGCUUCAUCUCACUGUCAUCAGUAGCAAUGUAUUGCCCUUUGGAGAUUACGCCAUGGAUAUAACCGUGAUUUGUCAGAUGCACGCUGAGUGCAGCUUGACGGUGGAAGAGCUCGUGAGAAAACUACAAUCGGCUUUACAACAAUAUCCUGAUCGAGCAAGGUGAAUUUCUGUCGUUCCAUGCAAUAACCAUGAUCAACGCUCGACAAGUACUCAAGAGUACAAUUAAUAUUACUGUAACCCUAUAUGUACCAACCUUCAUCUUCUUGUUUGACCUGAUUGAUUUCCUAAUACUUUGUUAGAAAAAUGUUAUUCAUGAGAUUCGAACCCAAACCCAAACCCUCUACAUCACAAUUACACCACUGAAACCACUCGAGCUACACAGGCAAUUAAUUUUUUUAUUCAAAAGCAUUAAACUCAUACAUUACAACUGUUGUAUUUAUAUUCUUUUCGAUAUCUUAUUUAUUUGAGAUAAGUUAUUAUUUCAGGUAAGUCUC